AGUCGUGCUCGCUCGAAGUCCAGCCAGGCCCUGGCCUCCAAGCAGGAAAAGGACGGGGCUGAGAAGGGAGGCCAUGGCAGGCCACGCAAGCAGCCUCCGGUGAGUCCUGGGACAGCGCUGGUAGGGAGCCAGAAGGAGCCCAGUGAAGUGCCAACACCGAAGAGACCCCGGGGCCGACCAAAGAGAAGCAAAAACAAGGGAACCGCCAAAACACGGAAAAUUACCACAGCUCCAAGGAGGAAACCAAGGGGCAGACCCAAGAAGUUGGAGAAGGAGGAAGAGAGCGCUUCCCAGGAGUCCUCGGAGGAGGAGCAGUAA